UUCUUCCAUUCUCUCUCUCUCUCUCUCUCUCUCUCUCUCAUAUAAUAAGCACACAACUUCAAGUCUCUCACUCCUCACAACCUAACCAACAGAGAUGGCUUCUCAGUUCAGUGUGCUUCCAACACUCCUGUUUGUCUUGCUUAUGAUUGCAACAGGGAUAAGAUUGUCCGAAUGUACAAAUUUCACAAUACUAAAUAAUUGCAAAGAAACCAUAUGGCCUGGAAUAACCGCCAACGACAACCUCACCAGUGACAAUGGUUUUGCCUUAAAACCCAGCCAAUCCGCCAUAUUCACCGCCCCGUCUAGUUGGGGCGGUCGGAUAUGGGGCCGCACUGGUUGCAAUUUUGACAAAAAUAAUGUCGGCACGUGCCAAACUGGUAGCUGUGGAACCACCCUCAAAUGCUUUGGCCCUGGCCAACCACCUUUCUCAAUUGCCGAAUUUACCCUUGGACAAGUCGAUUAUUACGAUGUGAGCCUAGUCGAUGGGUUUAAUUUGCCGGUAGUGAUCACACCGGUGAAUGGUAAAGGGAAUUGUAGUGUGGCCGGUUGUGAAAGUGAUUUGAGGUCGAAAUGUCCGCCAGAGCUCGCUCUCGUGUCCUCUGGAAAGACUAUCGCUUGCCGAAGUGCAUGUAAUGUGUUCAACACCGACGAGUAUUGUUGUAGAGGGGCAUACUCGGAUCCGGUUUCCUGUGUGCCUACAAAUUAUUCAAAGAUUUUCAAGCAGGCUUGCCCUGUAGCAUAUAGCUAUGCACAUGAUGAUCCUACUAGUGUCUUGACUUGCUCUACUACAGAUUAUAUAGUCACAUUCUGCCCGUCACAGAACCAAACACAGUGCACGUAUCACGAUAAGAAGCUUGUAUGCAGUCGCAGUGGAUCGGAAUCCGGUGGCUUAAACUCAAAGGCAUUCUUCCAAAGAUGGUGGAUCCUUAUGCUGCCAUUGCUACCAAUACUCACUUAUUUACCAUUUUGAUGUCUCUCAUUUUGUGUAUAUAUAUUAUUAAAUUUUUUUCACCAGAAA